ACUCACAGCUUGCAGGAUAUGAGGCAGCAGGCGGCUAUCGCUGCCAAAGUCUUCAUCCAGAGAGACUACACCAACGGCACUGUCUGCCAGUUCCAGACCAAGUUCCCUUCUGAACUGGAGACCAGGGUACGCUAAAGCACUCUGAUAACACUGUGAUCUGAGCCAAUAUGCAUAGUGUCUCAGAGUAGGAGUGCUGAUUUUAGGAUCAGUUUGGCCUUUUAGAUAACAAUGAAUAAGAUUGCAUGGACAGGCAGGACCUGAUCCUAGAUCAGCACUCCCCCUGAUCUGCAAAGCCUUCUUGCAAGAUCUAUUUGAUGGAUCAGACAGACGUCAGGGCUCUAAAGUGCGACCAUUUUACUUGCAUAUGCGCCUAAAUAUUUUGCUGUGCGACCUGGCAUUUUUAUUUAGGAGCACCAAUGCACCUAGAAGAAGUAAGGAUUCUAAGAAUUCUAGCUUCAAUACUUAAUUGUGCUCCUAAAUGUCUUUGUGUGCGCCUACAUUUUUCAACAUAGGCACACACGUGCUCCUUGUAAAAAAAAAAAAGGUCAGCAUAGAGCCCUGGACGUAUAACAUGUUUCUUUCCCGUGUCCAGCUCCUCCAGAUAUACGGUGCAUUCGGAAAGUAUUCAGACCCCAUGACUUUUUCCACACCUGUAUUUGGGGAGUUUCUCUCAUUUUUCUCUGCAGAUCCUCUCAAGCUCUGUCAGGUUGGAUAGGGAGCGUCGCUGUACAGCUAUUUUCAGGUCUCUCCAGAGAUGUUCGAUCGGGUUCAAGUCCGGGCUCUGGCUGGGCCUCUCAAGGACAGUCAGAGACUUGUCCCGAAGCUACUCCUGUGUUGUCUUGGCUGUGUGCUUAGGGUCGUUGUCCUGUUGGAAGGUGAACCUUGCCCCAGUCUGAGGUCCUGAGCAGGUUUUCAUCAAGGAUCUCUGUACUUUGCUCUGUUCAUCUUUCCCUCGAUCCUGACUAGUCUCCCAGUCCCUGCUGCUGAAAAACAUCCCCACAACAUGAUGCUGCCACCACCAUGCUUCACCGUAGGGAUGGUGCCAGGUUUCCUCCAGAUGUGAUGCUUGGCAUUCAGGCCUAAGAGUUCAGGCCAAAGAUUUCAGUCUUGGUUUCAUCAGACCAGAGAAUCUUGAUUCUCAUGGUCUGAGAGUCCUUUAGGUGCCUUUUGGCAAACUCCAAGCGGGCUGUCUUGUGCCUUUUACUGAGGUGUGGCUUCCAUCUGGCCACUCUACCAUAAAGGCCUGAUUGGUGGAGUGCUGCAGAAAUGAUUGUCCUUCUGGAAGGUUCUCGCAUCUCCACAGAGGAACUCUGGAGUUCCAUCGGGUUCUUGGUCACCUUCCUGACCAAGGCCCUUCUCCCCCAUGCGGCCAGCUCUAGGAAGAGUGUUGGUGGUUCCAAACUUCUUCCAUUUAAGAAUGAUGGGAGAACACUGUGUUCUUGGGGACCUUCAAUGCUGCUGAAUUUUUUGGUACCCUUUCACAGAUCUGUGCCUCGACAAAAUCCUGUCUCGGAGCUCUACUGACAAUUCCAUUCGACCUCAUGGCUUGGUUUUUGCUCUGACAUGCACUGUCAACUGUGGGACCUUUCCAAAUGUUACAUUUUAGUAAUUUAGCAGACGCUCUUAUCCAGAGCGACUUACAGUUAGUGAGUGCAUACAUUUUUCAUACUGGCCCCCUGUGAGAAUAGAACCCACAACCCUGGCGUUGCAAACGCCAUGCUCUACCAACUGAGCUACACGGGGCCCCAAAUCAUGUCCAAUCAAUUGAAUUUACCACAGGUGGACUCUAAUCAAGUUGUAGAAACAUCUCAAGGAUGAUCAAUGGAAACAGGAUGCACCUGAGCUCAAUUUCAAGUCUCUUAUGCAAAUAAGAUAUUUCUGUUUCUUAUUUUUAAUACAAACCUGUCUUCGCUUUGUCAUUAUGGGCUAUUGUGUGUAGAUUGAAGAGGACAUUCCUGAAUACUUUCCGAAUGCACUGUAUCUCUCAUCUCCUUUUAGUUAGAGCCGUAUGGGGUUAGUAGAAGGCUAGGAGCAGAAAACGUCAAGUGAUCUAGUCUUUAUCCUCAUUUGAACUGUCACGCUUGAGAGCAGGUCCAUGAGGAAAACAGACUCCUGUUCCAUGCCAACAUAAAAAAAUGUACUGCUAAGUAAAUGGUUAGAGCAGAGUUCACAGGACUUUUUGGGGUUGACAUGCAUGCCACAUGAAAAGAGUGACUUUACAACAGCUUUGUGGUUUAAUGGCACUUCCCUCUUGAUUGGGUGGUCUCUCUUUGGCACACUUGUUUUCCUGUAGGAUGUACUACACAUACCACUGCUGAAGAAAUACAGCAUGCUACUCCUCAGGGAGUCUAUCCACAGCUACAGUGCCUCAUCAUAAAAAACCUUUCCAACAUUUCUCCCAUCCCCUUGCUAGCAUAGUAUAUCAUAGGCAAUGUACUGCCAAACUUUUUAAGUGAGCUUGUUCUUUUUUAUACAGUCAUAUUUAUUUCACCUUGUCAAGAUUUUAUUUUAUUUAUUUUUACAAAUCUCAGGAGUGACAAAAUACCUCAUUUAUAAAUACUUAAUUUUAUUCAACUUUGGAUUCAUGUUGCUCUUUUGCUGGAAUAGAUCAUGGGGCAGCACAUUCUGUUGAUGAUUUUCACCUCUAUUUAAGGUUAUUUAGUUAUUAUUGUACAUUAUUACAUGUUCUUUUCUUAAGUUUAGGUAGAAGAGAAUGUCUGGAAAAGUGUUCAGUGUAUUUGGCAGAUAGCUAGCCAGACCAGCCAGGGACAGUGAAACAAAUUGAUAAUUCUGUCAAAUUUUCUCACAUGUUGACCUUAGAUCGCUUGACACAAAGUAGGCUAAAUAAGGUGUUUAAGGUGUUAUCUGGGUCGUUCCACCUCAAAAAGCACAAGAAAGAGGUUUCGACAGCCACCAUCUCAGAAUUUUCUGAAAUCGUUUCUGUAGUUAGAAACAGAUAAAAUUAUCCUUCCUGCAACAUUAUUUUGUUGAAUAAUAAUUAGAUCUCUGAGAAAUUAAGCUAAUUGAUUCCACCCAAAUUGGCCAUUUUUAAUUAUAGGAUUCACAUAAUAUUAAAUAAAUAUAGUACCUAACAUGCUGACCACACCGCCCACGUCGCCUGCACGAGCGUUGCAAAAUAAAUGUACACAUGCAUGUUAUUCAAUCAUUGCACCCACACUGCUCGCGCGCGUCAAUGAGCGUCUGCGUAGCCAGGCGCUAUAGUAGUAGAACUAUUUGUAACGCUUGAUGCACUGCAAGUCCCGCCUCUCCCAUCUCCUCAUUGUUUUGUAGGACCAUAUACCCACGUGGAUGAUUGAAAGAUGAACUGAGGUCCACACUCCAGUCCAGAUGGUGGUGGUAAAACACCUUAAAGUUGGUUGCUAACCGCCAUAUAAAGUCCAAAGAAGAAGAAGAAGAAGCCUGAAGGAGGAGAGAUUAGUAGAAACAAACUCGGUUUACCCUUUUAUCUGUGGAUUAAUUGGAUUAAAAUAACAACCCAAUGUUUAUAUCCCAGGACAAAUUAGUUAGCAACAGCAAGCUAGCUAGCUAAAUUGGCAUAAAUGUUAAAUGCUUUUCGAACCUGUCCCCAGAUUAAUAUAGUUGGUUCAGAGUUCGUUUUGAUAUUUCAACCUGUGUGUCCUGUUCACGUCUGGUGUGGGUGGACAAAAUCAACAUGUGCGCGAGCGGUGUGGUCAGCAUGUAACAUACGAUUUGGACAAAACUUAUUCCUAACAAUGAGUAAGCCACUGAUGGACCCCACACCAAGCCAACCCCAACGCCCAGUAUACAAUAUCAUUUCUAUAUGGUUUGACAAGUAGUAUGAAGCUGCGGCUUGGAGGAUUGUUUAUUCAUACUAUGUAAUGUAUUCUUAGUGAAUUUUGUGAUGUUUUUUUUCCCCUGUUCAGAAAAAUGAGCCAUUGAAGUAGCUUUCAUUUCCCCCCAUAAAUAAGUGUGAAAGUACCAGGUUUUGCCCCCACUAGAUGCCGCUGUUCCUGCUAUUGCCACACCCUUUUAUCUACACUGAUCAAAAAUAUAAACACAACAUGUUAAGCAUUGGUCCUGUGUUUCGUGACCUGAAAUAAAAGAUCCCAGAAAUGUUCCAUACGCACAAAAAGCUUAUUUCUCACAUUUUGUGCACAAAUUUGUUUACAUCGAUGUUAGUAAGCAUUUCUCCUUCGCCAAGAUAAUCCAUCCACCUGACAGGGGUGGCAUAUCAAGAAGCUGAUUAAAAAGCAUGCACCUUGUUCUGGGGACAAAAAAAAUGUUUGUCACACAACACAAUGCCACAGAUGUCUCAAGUUUUGAGGGAGUGUACAGUUGGCAUACUGACUGCAGGAAUGUCCACCAGAGCUGUUGCCAGAGAAUUGAAUGUUAAUUUCUUUACCAUAAGCUGCCUCAGUGUCGUUUUAGAGAAUUUGGCAGUACAUCCAACUGGCUUCACAACCGCAGACCACGUGUAACCACGCCAGCCCAGGACCUCCACAUCCGGCUUCUUCACCUGCGGGAUCGUCUGAGACCAGCCACCUGGACAGCUGAUGAAACUGUGGGUUUGCACAACCGAAGAACUUCUGCACAACUGUCAGAAACCAUCUCAGGGAAGCUCAUCUGCAUGCUCGUCGUCAUCACCAGGGUCUUGACCUGACUGCAGUUCGGCGUCAUAACCAACUUCAGUGGGCAAAUGCUCACCUUCGAUGGCUACUGGCAUGCUGGAGAAGUGUGUUCUUCACAGAUUAAUCCUGGUUUCAACUGUACUGGGCAGAUUGCAGACUGCAUAGCGUGUAUGGUGUUGUGUGGGAGAGCAGUUUGCUGAUGUCAACAGAGUGCCGCAUGGUGGCGGUGGGGUUAUGGUAUGGGCAGGCAUAAGCUACGGACAACGAACACAAUUGCAUUUUAUCGAUGGCAAUUUGAAUGCACAGAGAUACAGUGACGAGAUCCUGAGGCCCAUUGUCAUGCAAUUUAUCCACCGCCAUCCCAUCAUGUUUGAGCAUGAUCGUGCACAGCCCUAUAUCGCAAGGAUCUGUACACAAUUCCUGGAAGCUGAAAAUGUCCCAGUUCUUCCAUGGCCUGCAUACUCACCAGACAUGUCACCCAUUGAGCAUGUUUGGGAUGUUCUGGAUCGACGUGUACGACAGCGUGUUCCAUUUCCCGCCAAUAUGUGACCAACAAAUGCAUAUCUGAAACCAACAGAUGCAUAUCUGUAGUCCCAGUCAUGUGAAGUCCAUAACAUUAGGGCCUAAUGAAUUUUUUUCAAUUGACUGAUUUCCUUAUAUGAACUGUAACUCAGUAAAAUCUUUUGAAAUUGUAGCAUGUUGCGUUUAUACUUUUGUUCAGUAUAUUUUGCUGUUCCCUUUUAUCAAAUGAAUCACAACAUUUUCUUUGCAACUUUGGGUAGAAAACCAAAAGCUUCUGUUCAUGAUGAAAAUAAAUUGUGUGGUCAUCCUCACAAUUCAAGCCAGUCCACAAUGAAAGCAAUUCAGUUUAUCCUUCUCUUCGGCUUUAUCUGUAUCCAGGAAACGGCCCCUGUGUGUGUGGUUUAUUCUCCUUCGGAAAAAGUCUGGAUUAGUUAGACCAGGGAUGGGCGACUGGCGGCCCGCGGAUCAAUUGUUGAGCAUUAGAAUAAUAGAAUGCACAAGGUACAAUUUAGAAAUUUGGUUGUGCAUCAGCAGUUUUUCUCUUAUGUCAGUCACUGACAGUCACUCAAUUAGCCCAUGUCAACGUUUUUAUUUAGUUAUUGGUAAAUUAGUUUAGCGGCCAGUUAUCUAAACUUCUAGUAAUCAUGGUCUAAUUACCGAUCGAUUUUGUUAGUCUCUCUCACUCAGAUAUCAUAUUAAAAACUGCAAACAUUUUUCUCGACCCUAUGGCAAAAAUGUUGAAUUGAAGGAAAUUAGCUGUAAAACUGCGGCCCCUCAUGUUAAGUUCAGAUUUUUUUGUGGCCCCCUCUAUCAAAGUUGCCCAUCCCUGAGUUAGACCAUUCCUGGUGAACAAGCAAACCAUUAGACUACAGCAGUUCUAAUGGUUUCAAUGUUAUGGUCUGUAAGGGUCUUCAUUGGUAAAAGUCAGAAACACACACUGUAUAGUGUUUUGUAAUGGUGUUGGGUUUAAUGUUAAAUGUCACUAAUCACACAACAUAUAUAAAAAAAAACGUAAGACUGCCAUGCAAUUGUUUAUAAUUGUAUUUUUGUAUUAGGGUAGUCACAACAUUUUAGUCACUAGCCCAUUUCUCUAGGAAAGUUGUGGGCUUCAUAUGAGAAUUGCACCAUAGGGAUAGCCCUUUCAGAGAGCUACCACUUGUUGAAUUAUUCAAGGAGAGCUCGAUUUAAAGCAUUAGGUUGCUAAGAGAAGGACAAACUAAAUUGCUUUCAUGGAAGACUGACUUGACUUGUGAGGAUGACCACAUAAUGUAUUUUCAUCAUGAGCAAAAGCUAUUGGUAUUCUACCCAAAGUUGCAAAGAAAAUUGUGUGAUCCAUUUGAUAAACACAAGAGACCAGCAAAAUGGAUAAAAGGGUGUGGCAGUAGCAGGAACAGUGAUAUCUUCUGGGCAAAGCCUGGUACUUUCACACUAAUUCAUGGGGGGAAAUGUAAGCUACUUCAAUGGCUAAUUUCUCUGAACAGGGGGAAAAAACAUCACCAAAUUCACUGAGUAUAUAUUACAUAGUAUCAAUAAACAAUACUCCAAGCCGCAGCUUUAUACUACUUGUCAAACAUAGAGAAAUGAUACUGGCCAUUGGGGUGGGCUUGGUGUGGGGUUUGGGUGACCUGUGGCUUUUGAUCAUUUAUUUGGAUUCCUUGAAUCUUAAUCAUUGUUUGGUCCAAAUCAAAUGUUGGGUACUAUACUAUUUAUUGAAUAUUAUAUGAAUCCAUAAAUUGAAAUGGCCAAUUUGGGUGCAAUCAAUUAGCUUAUUUAGAAACAUUCCUGCAAUAUUAUUUUAACUACAGAAACCAUUUCAGAACAAUCUGAGAUAGUGGGUGUAAUGGGUUGACGAAAUGACAUGGAACGAUCCAUCUAUCGUCUAAUACUACUACCGUAGCACACGCUUCCUAAAGUGCACAUCAACACUUUUCAAAUCACAGCAUCUAACGUAAUGGAAAGAUGUUCAGACGAAGGAGAAAUGUGGUUUGAAUCCCAGCCUUUAGAUGGGAAAUUCGAGGGUGAACAAAGACUCCUCACGGCAGGCACCAAACAUGCCUAAGACCACUGAUCUGUUGGAGCUUGUUGUUACAUUCCUUGGGCACAUGGGAGCAUAACUUGGAGGCUGUUCAGAGGCCCAGAGGGCCUGGCUGCUCCCCUCAUCUGGUCUGGUCUGGAGGCCACUCUCCAGUCCACUCUCUCAGGCUGUAUCCCAAAUGGCACCCUAUUCCCUAUAAAGUUCACUACUUUUGACAAGAGCUCUAUGGGCCCUGGUCAAAAGUAGUACACUGUAUAGGGGAUAGGGUGCCAUUUGGGAUGCAAUCUCACCGUCUCCAUUAGGCCUGCUCAGGAGCCCAGAGUGGAGACUCGCGCCAACACUCAGUCAAAACACCCUUCACUACUUCCAGUGGUCCAACAGCCCUUGGCCUCCCCUCAGUGGAGCAGGCCUGACCUGACGUGAUGAGUGAAUGUUAGUGUUAGCCAGCUCUUAAUUCCACUCUGUCCGUAAUUAGGGAGUGUAAUUGCUUCUACUCUGUCAGAGCCACAUUGCAUCUCUCAUAUCAGCAACACUAAACCUAUCAUCACCAGUUUGAUGGAAACAGCAGGACACACCAAAACCUUUAGUGAGGAAUCUGACUGUCUCUCCUAGCUAGUCUCUGCCAGUAGAUAAGGAGAGACAGUCAGAUUCCUCACUAGAGGUUUUGGUGUGUCCUGCUGUGGUAUAAAGUGAAAACAUGCGGUGAGCACACAGCCAAGGCAUCCUAAUUAUUUUGCCAAUAGUGGAGAGAGAUGCUGCAUUCUCUGAUUUUUAAAAACACGAUUCGAAUCAACCCACUCAUUUAUACCGAGGAUGAAAGUAACAGAUAAUUUUAACUUGCCAUAUGUUAAAUAUCUAACACUCCAUUUACUCAUCUAAAAUAGUAACUGUGAUGUAUUUUUCUAUCUUGAUUGCCUUCCCUUAGAUCUCACCUUGUGUAUUAUCUUCAAAGAGACAGUUUUUGAUUUUACUUGGGUUGCUUUCCAAAUGGCACCCUAUUCCCUCUAUAAAGUACACAACUUUUGACCAGAGCCUUAUGAGCCCUGGUCAAAUGUAGUGCACUAUAUAGGGAAUAUGGUGCUAUUUGAGAUGCAACUUGAUUGGUUGUGUGUUUCAGAUUGAUAAGCAGCAGUUUGAGGAGACGGUGAGGAUGUUGAACAACCUGUAUGCUGAGGCAGAGAAGCUGGGAGGCUCGUCGUAUCUGGAGGGCUGUCUGGCCUGCCUCACAGCUUACACUAUAUUCCUCUGUAUGGAGACACACUACGAGAAGGUGAGAGACCUUAACUAAUCCACACAACUAGGGUUGCAAAAUUCUGGUAACUUUCCCAAAAUUCCCAGGUUUUCCAAAAAUCCUGGUUGGAAGAUUCCCGGAAUCAGAAGAGAAUAAGUAGGAAAUGGGAACCCAAACCAGUACAGUGAUCACAUUUCAUGGAAGUUGAAAUGAGAUGUGAGGUAUUGAUAUGAAUAUAAUUAAUGGCAGAGAGCAGUACAGCUCUAACAGUAGUACCCAUACAAGCAGAUAUAGACAUAAUCUGAUAUGUGAUUUAACAUUUAGAGUGAGUAUACUAUUACUACACAAAAGCCUUUUUCAGAUCCAGCUCUACCAGUUGGCACAUACAACCAUAUAGGAAUGUAUUUAUUCCUGUGAUGCAUUGACUUAGGCUCCUCGAGGGAGUCAUAUCAAAUCAAAUAUAUUUAUAAAGCCCUUUUUACAUCAGCUGAUGUCACAAAUUGCUUAUACAGAAACCCAGCCUAAAACCCCAAACAGCAAGCAAUGCAGAUGUAGAAGCACGGUGGCUAGGGAAAUCGCCCUAGAAAGGCAGGAACCUAGGAAGAAACCUAGAGAGAAACCAGGCUCUGAGGAGUGGCCAGUCUUCUUCUGGCUGUGCCGGGUGGAGAUUAUAAGAGUACAUGGCCAUUAAAGCCAGACCGUUCUUCAAGAUAUUCACACGUUCAUAGAUGACCAGCAGGGUCAAAUAAUAAUCACAGUGGUUGUAGAGGGUGCAAUAGGUCAGCACCUCAGGAGUAAAUGCCAGUUGGCUUUUCAUAGCCGAGCAUUCGGAGGUCGAGACAGCAGGUGCGGUAGGGAGAGCGAGAGGGAGGGAGAGGGAGAGAGAGAGGGUCGAAAACAGCAGGUCCUGGACAAGGUAGCACGUCCCGUGAACAGGUCAGGGUUCCAUAGCCUCAGGCAGAACAGUUGAAACUGGAGUAGCAGCAUUACAAGGUAGCACGUUAGCACGUCUGGUGAACAGGUCAGGGUUCCAUAGCCACAUGCAAAACAGCAGAAACUGGAUCAGCAGAGAGAGGGAGAGCACACUUAAGUUAACACAGGACACCAGAUAAGACAGGAGAAUUUCACCAGAUAGGACAGACUGACCCUAGCCCCCCAGACUGACCCUUGCCCCCCAGCACAUAGACUAUUGCAGCAUAGAUACUGGAGGCUGAGACAGGAGGGGUCAGGGGACACUGUGGACAUGGCCAACCAGGCAGGAUAUAACCCCGCCCCUUUGCCAAAGCACAGCCCCCACACCGCUAGAGGGAUAUCAACAGUGCACCAACUUACUACCCUGAGACAAGGCUGAGUAUAGCCCACGAAGAUCUCCUCCACCGCACAAGUCCGAGGGGGCACAAUCUGGACAGGAAGAUCACGUCAGUGACUCAACCCACUCAAGGCGAGUAGAGUGAAAAAAGCCUUGCACGAUGUGACGCACCCCUCCUAGGGACGGCCUGGAAGAGCACUAGUAAGCCAGUGACUCAGCCCCCGUAAUAGGGUCAGCGGCAGAGAAUCCCAGUGGAGAGAGGGGAGCCAGCGGUUCGUCACUCCAGUGCCUUGCCGUGCAACCCAAUAAGAAAUACGGGUUAUGUCCCAUUAAUCUCUCCUUUCUCCUGAAUUGUGCCAGUGUUAAUUUCGUCAACAAUAACUAUGACGAAAAAUACUCGUCAAUGACCUAUUUUUCCAGAUUAAAACUAUAAUGAUAACGAGACGAGAUGCCCUGGGAAAAAAACGAUUACAAAUUACUUUUCAUUUUAGUCAACGGAAAUGUGAGGCUUUCAUAUAGGCCAUUUUUGCUUUGAUCACAUUAGAAGCUCUAUUUUCCCAUGUGCUCUGUUAUUCAUUCAUCUGUGUUGCCGCUUUUUCGCCGUGGUCCGCAGAUACGAGUUGCAGUUGCUUUUUUCCUAUGGGAAAAACAAAUGCAAUUUGUUACAUUUUUGGAGUACAGUAAUACUUCUGGCAUUUUUGCAAAGCUCAAAUUCUCCCAUUUUCAAGGAAACCACUGUUAUUUACCCCCUUGACGGUUAUAAUAGGGAGAAAAUCUGAGCUGUAAAUUGUUUAACAUGUAGCCAAUAUGGUUAAUUAUGGCUGGCAUUGGUUACAAUCUGCCACAAUAUCAAUGUUGCCAGCUAGGGUAUACGUGGGGAUAUUAGGCCUAGUUGGACUAUCUGAAUGUGCAGAUGAUUGAAGUUAGAGGUUGCCUAGAUAUUCAUUAUUUAAUAGAAAAAAUGCACUGACUAUUAUGUGACUAAAAUGGCUGUGACUAAAACUAGACAACAUUUUUCGACAGUUUUAGUCGACUGACAACAAAAACUAACAAAGGAUGAAAUUCCUAAAAUGUGACUAAGACUAAAAUAUAUUUUAAGACUAAAAUAGCUGACAAAAUUAACACUGAAGUGUGCACUCUUUCACCUAUCCCCACAAAUGUAAAAUCAUUAGAUUGGUGUAGGCAUGGGUUAGCUUGAGGGAGUUUCUUUAUGCCAGUCAUUUUCUUUCAAAUCCAUGAAGGGAAGGGAACAAGUGCACACUUCGGGAUAAAGGACAGAUUAUUGGAAAGCAACCUUUGGGAACUUGUGUUAUGUACAGUGCAUUCGGAAAGUAUUCAGACCCCUUGACUUUUUCCACAUUUUGUUACGUUACAGCCUUAUUCUUAAAAUGGAUUAAAUAUUUUUUUCCCCUCAUCAAUACCCCAUAAUGACAAAGCAAAAACAGGUUUUUAGAUGUUUCUGCAAAAGUAUUCAGACCCUUUACUCAGUACUUUGUUGAAGCACCUUUGGCAGCGAUUACAGCCGCGAGUCUUCUUGGGUAUGACGCUACAAGCUUGACACACCUGUAUUUGGGGAGUUUCUCCCAUUCUUCUCUGCAGAUCCUCUCAAGCUCUGUCAGGUUGGAUGGGGAGCGUCGCUGCACAGGUAUUUUCAGGUCUCUCCAGAGAUGUUCGAUCGGGUUCAAGUCCGGGCUCUGGCUGGGCCACUCAAGGACAUUCAGAGACUUGUCCCGAAGCCACUCCUGCAUUGUCUUGGCUGUGUGCUUAGGGUCGUUGUCCUGUUGGAAGGUGAACCUUCACCCCAGCCUGAGGUCCUGAGCACUCUGGAGCAGGUUUUCAUCAAGGAUCUCUCUGUACUUUGCUCCGUUAAUCUUUCCCUCGAUCCUGACUAGUCUCGCAGUCCCUGCUGCUGAAAAACAUCCCCACAGCAUGAUGCUGCCACCACCAUGCUUCACCGUAGGGAUGGUGCCAAAGCCCUUCUCCCCCGAUUGCUCAAUUCGGCCGGAUGGCCAGCUCUAAGAAGUGUCUUGGUGGUUCCAAACUUCUUCCAUUUAAGAAUGAUUGAGGCCACUGUGUUCUUGGGGACCUUCAAUGCUGCAGAAAUUUUUGGAGCGCCAAAAACCUUUUGACCACUAGUGUGUAGAUUGAGGAUUUAUUUUAUUUAGAAUAAGGCUGUAACGUAAAACAAAAUGUGGAAAAGGGGAAGAGGUCUGAAUUCUUUCCGAAUGCAUUGUAUAUCAGACAGCUGGUUACAUACGCCUAUACACAGCACAGCCUAUUUCCCAAAAAGGCCCAAUAAAAGCUUUCCAUUUGGUGUUAUUCAUAUAAUUCUCAUACUGUACCAUAGAAAAGUUGGAGUACUGUAUGUACAAAAAAUAAGUGUGUCAUUGGUCUUCCAAUUUCACCUGGAUUUCUAUUAGAACAGACAGGGUAGAUAUGGGAUGAUGAUAACCACUGGCUUGAUUUAUAUUUAAUGAGUGCUCAUGAAGAUGGAAGUCAAGUUUUAAAUUACUUCUCAACUGAGCACACCCAAAAUAUUGGCUACAGAUGCCCUAGCAAAGACCAGGGGUGGCUCAUCCAGCCCACUUAGAACAUGAAUUUGCAAAAAUUUCUAAAAACCUGUUUUCGCUUUGUCAUUAUGGGGUAUUGUGUGUAAAUUGAUGAGGGAAGAAAACAAUUUAAUCCAUUUUAGAAUAAGGCUGUAACAUAACAAAAUGUGGGGGUCUGAAUACUUUCCGAAGGCACUGUAUGAAUUAAUGUUUGUAAAAAAAAAAAAAAAUUUAAGUUAACGUUGAGAGAUGACUGUCUACCGGUAGGCUAUGCCUUGCUUGGUGAAAGGAAAUGUUCUAGGUUAAAAGUAAAUUUGAUGUAAUAAAUUAUAAUCAUGUCCUAUUCUAACUAAAACUAUGUAUGACAAGGAAAGUUGGAAAACUGAAAAUGUUUUUUUUCUUAUUGUCUCUUUUCAGGUUUUGAAGAAGAUUGCUAAAUUCAUCCAGGAGCAGAAUGAUAAGAUCUAUGCUCCACGAGGUCUGCUCCUCACUGACCCUAUUGAGAGAGGCCUCAGAGUUGUAUCCUUCUUCACAAAGCAGUUUGAUAGCCAUUAA